UGCGUACAAGCUUAAGGCGGUUUCUCAGUCGGUCUCGCGGUAGUUAUGGCGUGCCCUGUAGUCGUUCUAUCCUUUAGAGUCGGGCUGGAUUGAUCUGUGGAGAGACGAAGAAACUUCCGUGACCCACUGACGUGACGUAGACAUUGCUGGCAGUGUUCGAAGAUGGCCUUGAACUUUGUGACCCUGUCCGCCGGCGAUCAAGGGAUCUGGGUGGCCCACAGCUCUUCCCACGACUACCCGGUCCAGUCGGCUUUAGCGUCGGCGAUGGCCUCUGGAGACAGCUUCCUCGUUGGCAGGCCCGAGCUGAUUUAUCCCGGAACUCGGCAGGCGAUGCGACUGAGCGUUCAGACCGAGGGCCAUCGAAUGCCUGGUGGCCGGAACCCGACCCGCCCUAUAAGGGGAAGAGAACUAGAGGGUGGGAGACGAAUUGGCUCAACCAGGUUCUCACCUUAUCCAAUCCCUAGAGUCGACUCAGUCUGUUAAAUGUGCUGCAGCAGCGUCUGAUUUCAUUUGGAAGGGUCUCAACGCGAAUUUCAUCUUAAAAUGAAACAAUCCCCCCCACCCACCAGCUUGCGAACAAGGCCACUCUAAAGUCAUUUCUUGGUGUAACUAGUUUUAUUUUUAGAGAGAUGUAUUUUUACUUUAAAAAUAUGUAUGUAAGCGGUUGUAAUACAGCCUAACUCAGAGGAAAACUUUACUCUUAAUCCAAAUGUAACUAGAGUGAUAGCUCAGGGAGGAUAUGGAAAGGAUUUUAUUUUUAGCUGGGCAACAAUCCUUUAAUGCAUUCUUUGUUCACCCCUUUCCCUCUAUAGUGAUUCCCUUUCUUAGAAACUUGUAAUUCGAGCCUCCUUCCAUAGCUGCUUUCCUCUUUAUCUCAGACUCUUCCUUGUAACUUGUGUUGGUGAAAAAAAGAUAUGCUCCUUUUUAUUAAACUGGCUUAUCCUUCCAUCUUUUCCCCAGCAAUUAACAUCUUCCAUCCUCUCCAGAUUUUAUAUUUUAAGAUCUUCUACAAACUUCUCUCUCGGCCAUUACUUAAAAAACGUAAACCUUAAUACUCUUACAUUAUUCCUUUUGCCAAAUGGUAUUGAAAGAGAGUUUAAAUUGCCAGUUCUUUGUAUAAGCAAGUAGACUAGCUUUUUUCUCAGUAGGCUUUUGUCUGUGUAGACUUCCUUAAAAUAACUUCAAAUAAAACAAAAUGGCCGUACUUACACAAUAUCUAAAAGUUAGAAUCCCAUCUUGAGAUAAACUGGAGAACUUACAUAAUGGAGUUCUAGAAACUAGGUCAUAAGGAUGACAUGAAUAUUAGCUCCUAUUUGUUAUUCUGCCUAGGAAUUAUUAUUCAUUGUUUAUUGAGAUUACUAAGGAUUUAUUCUGGGCCUGCUACUGCCUAUAUUAAGCACAUGGGAUAAAGACAGAUAAGGUCCCUGGUCCUAAUUAAAGGAGCUCUUUGUAUACUACUAAAUUCUCAUAGCUGUCCAUUUUUUUCUGAAAAACAGUCCAAAAGAGAUGAAGUAAAAAUUUUAAGGUCAGACAGCUAGGAAAUAGUAGAGCCUUGCAGCCUUUCAACUAAGGUUCCUCAUCUGAACCAUGCAGCACAAAUUAUUUGAAUGACUUUAUCUGAAAAUAAUAUGUAAGACUAUUCCAGAUAACUAAAAAGUUAGCUCAUACUAUACAAUGCAUUCCUUUGGCUGAGCAUUAUGAAAAUUUAUGAUCGAGAAAGUAA